GAAGUUUCCGAGGAAUAGUGUAAGGGGGUCAAGUUACAGAGGUGGACGGGCUUUUCCUUAGCAAUAAAGGUGGUGGAAAUAUGGUACGAGGUAGUGGAAACCGUGGGAUUAUGCGUGGUGGCAUGAGAGGAGGUCGUGGUGGAAGAUUUUUAAGAGCAAUUGGUGGAGGUCGUGGAGGGCUUCCGGGAAGAGGUGGAUAUCGAGGUUAUGGAAUGGCUGGUGGUCAGGGUCGAGGAGGACUAAGAAGAACAAGGGGACAAGGACGUGGCGGACGUUUGAACCGUGGUGGCCGUAGGGGCAGAGGCGGAGCAAACAUGCAGAAUGGCGGGAACUUCACACGUGAGCAGUUAGAUCAGCAGCUUGAUGAGUAUAUGAGCAAAACAAAGAGUGAUUUUGAUGAACCUAUGAAUGAUGUGUCUGUUUAAAUUGAGAGAAUGCAAAGUCAAGGAAUACAAUACUAUAUAGUUUAUUUUCUGAAAGGUGAGACUGCAGUAUCUUGUUUUUAUGAGGAAUUUUGAUGUUUAACAAAUAGCUUUAAUAAUUUCACUAUAAACUAAGAGUAGUUUAUUUUUGGGAUGCAUUUUUAUUUAGAAAGUGAUCAGCAGUAGAUGUAUGUAGUAUACCGAGAAGUAGAGGAAGUUAGAAUGUUAGUGUGUGGAUACAUGGCAAGAUUCAUGUAGGGUUAUGGUGGAGGUUCUGUCCCCGUCGGAAAAUGCUUUAACUUGGGACAUUGUAAUAAAAAUGAAUAAAAAUUAAUGAAAGUGAGAGAGAGAGACUUGUGUAAGCCUGGGGAGAGAAACGAGGUUUUAAGCUUUACUCUGGUAAUAAACCUGUUUUCUCCCCCUCCUUAUAGGAGAGACUUCCUUGAGAGACUUCCUUAUAGUGAACUCUCCCUGUGGCUACAGCUCUCUAAACCACCACUCAGAAUCCUAGUUGAACCAUAACUUCAGAACAUCAGCUGUAACUUGGAACUGAUUUUUUGGAUGAAUAUACAAUAUUUGAAAAAGUGCUGUAAGUUCAGAACAGCAUAUAUACAGUAUUUGAAAAAGCGCUGUAAGUUCAGAGCCACCAUAACCUGGGGACUGCCUGUAUACUGAAUGAGGAUUUAUGAUUGGGAUUGAUUUUAGUAAUCCAUGACCUUCACUAGGUAAUCCUGGUGUGUUGCAUCUAUGUUGUCUAGCUUUGGUUUUGUACUUACAUGUGUUCUUGGUAAGGUCAUCUUCAGAUCUUUUGCAAUAAUUAUUUGUAAUUGUAUUAUCAUAAGUAUCACGGAUUAUUUUGCCCGAAUACAAAAUACAAACCUUUUCUAAUAUUUUUGUAUGCUGUGUAAACAUAAUUCUAAUGAGUUCAUUUUAGGUGACAAAUAAUGUUUCUUUUCUUGUCUCUGAAGUGAUUAACUUGUGGAAAGUUAAUGCAAAAAUGAAAAUUAUCAAAAGUUCAUUUGUCUUUGUAACGGAUUGUUGGAAGUGUCUUGUUAGAACUGUUAUCGUAAAACAACACUGACCCCACUUUGACCCCACUUCCACAAUUGUGUUGUGAGGUUUUGAAGGGAAGAUUUUCAUUUCAUCUAUCAUGACCAAGGUAUUUACAAGUUUAUAGGAUAUAGGAAAGUAGCAUAGUAUUGAAACAAAUAUACUACAGUCUUAAACUGAAGAUUGUAAAUUUUUAAACUUUCUAUAUUAAACAGAAGUCAGUU